GGAAUGAUAUCCGAAAGAUUCUAACAUAACCCAAAAUCCUUGUUCCUCUUGUAAAGAAGUGGACCACCAUCAUCUCGAUGAAAAGUGUUCUGUGCUGUGACAAGCUAACGUACUCCAAGCUGAAAUUCCUCGUCGGAGAUUUUAAAUAUUUCAUUUUUAUCACAAAACUUUUAAGAAAUGCUAGAGCAGGGAUUCGAUAUUAAGGAACUGCACGAGGUUGAAAAGAAGAUUGGCAAAAAAUUCGACUAUAUGAGGUUUUCUUUCGCCGAUUUCAAUGGAAUCGCAAGGGGUGUGUCUAUGCCGAGGAGGCAAGCUGUGAAGGCCCUGAAAAGUGGUUUCUCGCUUUUUCUCGGAAACAUCACCUUAGGUCCGCGAGGCGAACCAAGCUCCAGCAAAGAAAUUGUGGAUUUGAGGUUUCCCAACUGCAACUUCAUCCCCUCUCCUGCAACUCUCACCCAUCUCGCGUGGGCUGGCAGGAAGAAGGAUUUUCUUUCAGAAACCGACCAGCGAGUAGUCGGUCAAGUAUUAUGCGAGUCAGCGUGGACGGCCCCAUUCAGAAACGGAUCAGCAAUCGACUCGUUACCUCGUUUCAUUCUCAGGCGCCAACUCGACCGACUUGAAAAAUUAGGUUACAUUUUCAAAUCUGCGUUCGAAGUUGAGUUCACCCUUUACGACGAAAAGACAGGUCUCCCUGUUUUUAAUGGUCUUGAUGCUGUGACGACUUUAGUUCUCGCAAAGUUUGAAGAUUAUCUGUAUACAUUGGAGGAAAAUUUGAAGAUGGCUGGCGUUGAAGUUACAAGCAUGUUAGUGGAGCAUGGUUUGGGGCAGUUCGAAUUGACGUUGGAGCCGUUGGAUGGUGUGAAAUCAGCGGACGCUCUCUUCAUCUGCAAGCAAGCAAUCAAGGAAAUCAGCAUUCAGAGAGGUUACGUGGCGAGUUUCAUGUCGAAACCGAGCAAGUACGCCUCAGCGAACGGACUGCAUCUGAACAUGUCGUUGUGGAAGAAAGAGGAAGAUGGAAAACUUGUCAAUGCUUUCUACGACGAUAACGAUCAAUACGGCUUAUCGAAAGUCCACCGCUCCUGGAUAGCCGGAUUAAUCAAACACGGAAAGUCCCUCAGCGCUCUUCAUUCACCGACCUACAACUGUUACAGAAGGUUCCACAAAUUUUUAGCUCCGGACGUAAUAACGUGGGGUAUCGACGAUCGAACGGUUCCAUUCAGAGCGAAGAGUUGCAGUCCAUCAGCAACCUACUGUGAAUGUCGUAUGCCAUCGGGGGCUUCCAAUCCCUACUUGGUGGUUGCCAGUGCGAUCGCAGCUGGAAUGGAUGGCAUCAUAAACGAGUUGGAGCUGCCGGAACGAGCCACAAACGUCAUGCUUUCGAUCGAUGCCACCCCCGAGGGCGGCAGGCAGGCUGAUACAGAGAGUGUGAAAUAUUUUCCGUACAGUUUGGCAGAAGCUCUGAAAGAAUUGGAGAGAGAUGAUCUGAUGAGGAACUCCUUAGGUGAGGAGUUCGUUCGCUGGUUCGUGCAACUGAAGUAUGAAACUGAGAUUAACGUUCUCAGCCCGUUGAACGAUGAAGAUAAAUGGAUAAAAGAGAAAGAAUUAUACUUUGAAUUUAUUUAAAUUUAUGAAGACACACAUGCAAAAUAUGAACCCUAGUUUGAUCAUUUCAAUGAAAGUUUCAUAUCAUGUUUUAUAUAUUUCACAUUCCCUAUCAAUUAAUUGUGUUCUUUGUUAAAUAAAUUUUUUUAAAACUA